UUGGCGGCGGCGGCCAUGGCCCAGGCUCCGGCCCCGCGGGGCCGCCACGACCCGGUGCGCAGCUUCGACCGGUGGAAGAAGAAGCACCGCCGCAAGCAGAACAAGCUGAAGCAGCUGAGGAAGGAGCUGAGGAAGCCCGAGUGGCAAGUGGAGCGGGAGGCCAUCGGCCGGCUGGUGGAGGACUACGGCAAGAUAAAUGCCGAUGAAAUCCUACGGUUUUCUGAUUUCCCCUUGUCUAAGAAGACACUGAAAGGUCUGCAAGAAGCACAGUAUCGCAUGGUGACCGAGAUUCAGAAGCAGACCAUUGGCCUGGCGUUGCAAGGGAAAGAUGUGCUCGGAGCCGCGAAGACGGGAUCCGGCAAAACGUUGGCCUUCCUCGUUCCGGUUCUGGAAAGCUUGUAUCGCCAACAGUGGACCUCUAUGGACGGACUCGGUGUUCUUAUCAUAUCACCUACCAGAGAGCUGGCCUACCAAACGUUUGAGGUUUUGCGCAAAGUGGGAAAGAACCACGAAUUCUCAGCCGGUCUUAUCAUUGGCGGAAAGGAUCUGAAGCAAGAAUCUGAGAGAAUCAAUCAAAUAAACAUACUUAUCUGCACCCCGGGUCGGCUUCUACAGCACAUGGAUGAAACGACGUAUUUUCAUGCCUCUAAUCUUCAGAUGUUGGUUCUUGAUGAAGCUGAUAGAAUCCUGGAUAUGGGCUUUGCUGAUACAAUGAACGCGAUUAUAGAAAACCUCCCGAGAAAGCGCCAGACUUUGCUGUUUUCAGCAACACAGACCAAAUCCGUGAAGGACCUUGCCCGUUUGAGUUUGAAAGAUCCUGAAUAUGUUUGGGUUCACGAAAAGGCAAAAUUCAGCACCCCAGCUACUUUAGAACAGAAUUAUAUUGUUUGUGAACUGCAGCAGAAAAUAAAUAUGCUCUAUUCCUUCUUAAGAAGCCACCUAAAGAAAAAGAGUAUUGUAUUUUUUUCCAGUUGUAAAGAGGUUCAGUAUCUGUUCAGAGUCUUCUGCCGACUGCGUCCGGGCUUGUCCAUCCUUGCUCUCCACGGCAAACAGCAGCAGAUGAAGAGAAUGGAAGUGUACAAUGAUUUUGUUCGCAAAAAAUCAGCGGUGCUUUUUGCUACGGACAUUGCAGCUAGGGGCCUAGACUUCCCAGCUGUGAAUUGGGUUCUUCAAUUUGAUUGUCCAGAAGAUGCCAACACUUAUAUUCAUCGAGCGGGAAGAACAGCCAGGUAUAAAGAAGGUGGUGAAGCUUUGCUCGUUUUGCUUCCCUCAGAAGAAAAAGGAAUGGUGCAGCAGCUAACGCAGAAGAAGGUGCCGGUGAAUGAAAUCAAAAUCAAUCCAGAAAAGCUUGUAGAUAUCCAGAAGCGAUUGGAAGCCUUUUUAGCCCAAGAUCAAGAAUUAAAGGAGCGAGCCCAAAGGUGUUUUGUAUCCUACUUACGUUCGGUGUACCUCAUGAAGAACAAAGAAGUCUUUAAUGUGAACAAGUUGCCCCUUGCCGAAUACGCCCUUUCUCUCGGCUUGGCCGUCGCCCCGCGGGUGAGAUUUCUCCAGAGAAUCCAGAAACUGGCCACAAAAGAACCGGGUUUGGAGAAAGACGGGGGACACGCCGGAGUCCAGAGGGAGAGCCCAGCAUCCUCCCUCAGCAAUGACGAAGUGGAGGAAUUCAGAGCCCAGUUCAGCGAGAAAAUGAGCCUCCUCCAACGCGGAGGGAAGAGGAUACAAGAGAGAGGAGAAAAACCCCCAUCCGGCACGGCCACCAAAAAGCAGCUGGCGUCUGAGGAAGAAAAAGCAGACCUUGAUGCCCAGAGCGAGCAAGUCAGAUCCGUGCAGUUUCUGGCUCAGGACGAAGAGGAUGAUGAAGAGCAAGACCGUGACUUGUUCAGGGUGAAGCGACAUAACGUGUUUGGGGUAGAACUGAAAGAAAGCACAGGAGCGAAGAAAGAAUCAUCAAAUUCUGGCGUCAAGAAAAAAGCAACGAAAGCUGCAGAAGCUAAAAAAGUUUUGAAGAGGAAAUUCAAAGUCAACACAAAAAUCACCUUUACCGAAGAGGGGAAGCUAGUUCAGCAGUGGCCACCUGCCCAGAAAUCCAACGUGAAUGAACCUGACGAAGGUGAUGAUUCUGCUGGCAUCGAUCUGAAUAAAGCCAAAGAGAGACUACAGGAAGAGGACAAAUUUGAUAAAGAGGAAUAUAGGCAGAAAAUUAAAGCGAAGCAUAGGGAGAAACGACUGAAAGAAAGGUUAUCUAAGAGAGAUGCCAGGAAGAAACAAGCAGCGGUAAGAAUUUGUAUUUUAACCAGAAUCCCAAGCGUAAUGUUGAAAUGUAAUUCAAGUACAGUUGCUCUUCAAAGUCAUUAA